GUCACAAGUGUAUAUGUAUCUACUGGCACAGUUGCUUAGGGCAAAACGUGAAAAUAAGCAUGCGUUUUCUAGUACCAACUCUGGCUCUGGUACAUCUGACCGUUGUUACCGGAUUCCUUCUUGAUCACACAUGUUUGAUCGGAACGACGUGUACCUGCACCAGUACUGAAAUACUAUGCAACAACCAGGGCUUGGAUAAUGUUCCCUCAUUCAAAAUUAAUGGCAGAAACACCAGCAUCGAUCUGCUCGACAUGAGCGCAAACAACAUAACCGUUCUAACGACGAAUGCAUUCACUUCACUAGGAGCUUACGUGACGUCAUCAUUACGAAUUGACGUCAGCGACAACAAAAUACGCGUCAUUGAAGACGGCUGCUUCAAUGGAUUGGAGGACAUGAUCGUUACCCUAGACCUAAGUCACAACAAUUUACAGGGUAUCCCUACAGCGGUUGCUAGCCUAUCCAAGAUUCGCGUUCUGAAAGUGGAAUUUAACCCGAUAAUUGCCUUAGAUUCAUUUGUCCUGUCUAGAAUUGGAAACACUCUGGAGAACAUCAGUAUUACGCUUGAUCGUUUUAAAAGAUGGCCGAAUGAGUUACAUUUUCUAUUCAAAUUAAAAGAACUGACCGUUUACAAUUUCAACUCUCCUAUAAUCAGGAACUCCGAUUUCCAUUACAUCACGCAAAUUCUGUCACUGUCUUCCAUAGAACUGUCGCAUUCACCACUGGAAGAAUUUCCGGGAACGAUUUGUGACAUGUCAAAUUUAAAUUCAUUGAACAUCGCCAACAACGCUUUCGUCGACAGGACUGUUGAGUUCUUCAGCAUUUGCCACGCACCAUUAAACCCGAUACGAACACUUUCAAUGCAUUCCAACAACUUCGACGUUCUUCCCGACAUUGGGAAAAUAUUUCCUAACAUCGAACACCUGAAUUUCUCAGACAACAACUUACGUUACCUGAACAACGAGCUGACCGCUAUGUCACGUUUGAUCAGUCUAGAUCUAAACAACAACAGACUGGCCCAUUUCCCUUCCACACUGGAUACCUUAACGCCCAGCCUUCAGGUUCUCUAUCUUCGCAAUAACUCUCUGAUUGACAUUGACAAUAAGGCAUUGACCUCCCUGGCGAGUCUUCAGAUGUUGUUCCUCGACAUGAAUCCAUUAGAAUACAUCGGAGCGAACGCUUUCCACACCAACACUGCGCUGAAAACUCUGUCCCUCUCUUCUACAAGGUUGUCCACUGUUCCAUGCGCUCUUGCGUCCAUUACUCUUCAGAACGUUGCCUAUACAAACACGACCGUGGAUCUCACCAAUAACAAUAUCGACUGUGAUUGCAAGAUGAAAUGCCUCUCGAAUCUAAAUUUACAGAAGUUUGAGUUUGUCGGAAACCCGGAAUGCGCCCAGCCGAGCACUGCUAUUGUUGACUUCAUACAAACGAUCAUCAAAGCAAGCGUGUGCCACACAUAAUAUAAAUAUGCUCGAUCAGGUCUUUAUAUUGUUGUAAAACCAAAAGAAAAUCUAAAAUUGUUGCUACUGUAUUAAAUAUGUUUAAAAGUA